GUGCUUUUUAUGCGUCGUCCCUUCUUGCUACCAUUGACAUCAUGGCCGGCCAGAAGAUUCUCAUUACAGGUGCUUCAGGGUACAUCGGUGGCUCACUGAUCAGCUUGAUCCAGAGCCAGUCCCUUGUGGAUGCCUCUCGGAUUUAUGCGCUGGUACGCAAGGAUGAACACGAGGCGGCGGUCCGCAAGCUUGGCCUCCACCCCCUUCGCUUCAACCUAGACGACAAGGCUGAAGUCGAGGAAGCCAUUGUGAGAAACGAAAUCAGCGUUGUCGUCCACUUCGCCGGCGUUCUUGUCUGGGGUCCUCUGGAAAACUUCCUAGACGCCCUUGUCAAGGUGCACAAAGCUACGGGCCAGACUGUGCAUCUGGCCCAUACGUCAGGCGCCAAGAUCUUUUCCAGCUGGGCCGGCUCGCCCCCUCUUAAAGACGGACAAGGCAACUACGUGCCCAUCUUCGACGACGACAAGCUCUAUGACCACCAGAAAGGUCAGAAAGCCGUCGACUUCCCACCGAGUCAGGCGGCCGUCGAUGUCAACACUCGUUUGCUCGAGAAAGGGGACGAGCUCGGGGUCAAGACCUACGUUAUUGCGCCGCCAAUCGUCUAUGGCAAGGGCACCGGGUUCGGAAACAAGAUCUCAAUCCAGACUGUGGCCAUCAUUAAGCUAGGAAAGGCUUUGAAGAAAGUGUUCCAGUACAGCGGCGACGACUCCCCGUGGGUCUUUUGUCACAUCGAAGACUGUGCCCUUCUCUAUGCAAGACUCAUCAGCGAGAUCGUGGCUGGAAAUUCGCCUCCGCACGGAAAGAGAGGCGGAUACUACUUUGCCGAAAACGGUAACAUCAGGUGGACUGAUGCCUACAAGGCCAUCGCUCGUCGGAUGCACCAAAAAGGCCUCAUCGAAACCGAUGAAGUAGCUAAGCCCACGAAUGACGAGGUUCAGCGUGCCGCCGAAGUCCUCGGCGGUAGCAUUCCCUUCCUCAACUUUUCCGUUGCUGGCGAAUGCUUUAUCCGGGGCACAAAUGCCAAACAGAACUUGGGAUGGAAGCCAACGCACGACCGUGCAGAUUUCGUCGCUUCGAUGUCCGAAGAGGUCGACUUUGUCACAGAAGAGCUUGGAUGACGGCUUUUAUGUCAUUGCGAGCUGCAGGCCGGGCGAGCGACAGUAGUAGUAGUAGUGUGUGCAGUAGCAGUAGAAGUAUUGUGCCCAAAACAGUUUUCCCUUCGGUGGGCAGUGGCCAGCUUAUUUUACUGUUGUUGACGGUGAAGCCCUCCGAGCGCAAACAUGCCUUC